AUUACCAGCCAGUUGGUCAUUCAGUGACCCAGCCAGUGACCCAGCCAGUGAUCUCACCAUCAAGCCAGACCAAAGGAAGAAGAUUUGAGAUUAUUCAGAAACAUCAUCAACGACUUGAAAGAGUUCACACAAUGGCAGGGAUUCUCAAACCAGAUGCAGAUCUUGAUGGAAUGUACUGGGACUCAUAUGAAUUGGAUAAUAAAGCCGAGGACUUACAAAGUUUUCCAAAGAAGUUCCCUGACUGGAAAGCAAGGAUGAAUCAACAUGUGAUAUUACUCCAAGAGAUCGCAAAUAAUAUUGACGAGUGUCACAAAGGUGCCACCAUUGCCAAUAUUACAGGGUCUUCUGUAGGUGUUGUUGGAGGGGCUCUAACUAUUGGAGGUCUAAUUGCUGCCCCUUUCACAUUGGGUACAUCAUUGAUACUCACGGGUGUGGGAGUUGGGGUGGGUGUAGCUGGUGGUCUCACUAACAUCACAGCUAGUGCAGUGGAUUCUGCUUCACAAUCCAAUAAACAAAAAAGAGUUAAUGAAAUCAUGGAAAAGUAUAAAAAGGACAGUGAGGAAAUGGCAGAUUGCUUCAAUAAAUUCCGCAAUGCAGUUGAUUUCUAUGAGAAUUGCAGUGACAAAUUGGAAAAAGAAGCUUUCAUUGGUGUGGCUGAGGUCUUUGCAAAAAGCUUGGGUGUUUUUCCUGCAGUUGCUUCAGCCGUGACCAAACAGUCCUUAAGAACAUUCAAGGCGGUUUCUGGCGUUCUGUCAGGACUCUUUGUUGCGUGGGAUAUCUACUCUAUCACAGUGGAUUCCAUUGACCUCAGCAAAGGAGCCGAGACAGAAAUGGCUAAACAGAUACGAGAUGUGGCUCGAAAGAUAAAGGAUGAGGUAAUGAAGUAUGAAGAGGUUUAUGAAGCUUUAAGUCAAACUGUAAAGCAAAUCUAGCCCAAUGUGCAGGACUCGUGGCUAACUUUGACUUCAGUGCCUGUCACAAACCCCAUUUGGGCAGAUUGUUAGUGGAUUGUAUUCUUGUUGUUUAUGAACCUGCCCAUCUUUAAACAAUAUAUUAAAUUGGUUACUCUUUCUG